UUCGUCGCAGGUCUCCAAGCAAACGGUACGGUGCAUCGGAAUUGAAACGUUGAGUACUCGUGUGCAAUUAAUUAAUAAAUACGAAAUACAAAAACAACAAGACAAACAGUUGCUAACUAGCUCAACAUGUUGCGCCUUCUGACCAUAACUUUGGCCCUUUGUGCCACGCUCAGUGCUGCCGCUCAAACGCGGAGUACUCCUAUGGAGGCAAUUGCCACAUUGACUGGACCCGUGCAAGCGGAUAACACCCAGGUGAAGGGCAAUGUUACCUUCAUUCAGAAUGACUGUGGACAGAGCGUGCAUGUGCGCAUCCAGCUGGAGAACGUGAAGGAGGGCAAACAUGGUUUCCACAUUCAUGAGAAGGGAGAUUUGUCCAACGGCUGUACCAGCCUGGGCGGUCACUAUAAUCCCGACAAGGUCGAUCAUGGUGCACCCCAUCACGAGGUUCGUCAUGUCGGUGAUCUGGGCAACAUUGAGGUCAACUCCACUGGCAUCAUUGACAUCACCUACUCCGAUGCCGUGAUCAGUCUGAAUGGCAAGCGCACAAUUAUCGGACGUAGUGUGGUUCUCCAUGAGCUCGAGGAUGAUCUGGGCCAGGGCAACCACACCGACUCGAAGAAGACAGGAAAUGCGGGCGGUCGUAUUGCGUGUGGCGUUAUUGGAAUUAACUCUGAUCUGGAGGAAUGGCCCUGCCGUGAUGGCGGUGCUGGAGCACUGCGUCAAUCCAUGGCAAUUGUUACGGUCGUGGUGGGUCUGAUCCUUUCGCGCGGUCUUUGAGAGGGGGAACUGCAUGUGAAGAAGUAUUAUUAAACAUAUGAUAUACUCGUAUUCCAUUCCAUAUCGUACUUAUCCUAAUCCUAAUACUUACAUCUUCCUCCUCUGUACAUUUCAUAUCUACUAAACUGCUUGUAAAUUGCCUGAGUUUUUCAUUGAGAAUAAAAUCGAAAUUGUUAUGUA